AUGAGUACAGACGCGGAGAUGGCCAUUUAUGGCAAAGCUGCCGUUUUCCUGCGUAAGCCAGAGAAGGAAAGAAUUGAGGCUCAAAACAAACCCUUCGAUGCCAAGAGCGCCUGCUAUGUGGUUGAUGCCAAAGAGCUGUACCUGAAGGGAACCAUCAUCAAGAAAGACGCUGGCAAUGUCACUGUCAAAGUCUUGGACACUCAGGAGGAGAAGACAGUCAAAGAAGAUGACGUCACUCCAAUGAACCCUCCCAAGUUCGACAAAAUUGAGGACAUGGCCAUGAUGACCCACCUCAAUGAAGCCUCUGUGUUGUAUAACCUCAAAGAGCGUUAUGCAGCCUGGAUGAUCUACACCUACUCUGGCUUGUUCUGUGCCACCGUCAACCCCUACAAGUGGCUCCCGGUGUACGAUGCUGAAGUUGUGUCUGCCUACAGAGGCAAGAAGCGUAUGGAGGCUCCACCCCACAUCUUCUCUGUCUCUGACAACGCUUAUCAGAACAUGCUUACUGACAGGGAGAACCAGUCUGUUUUGAUCACUGGAGAAUCUGGUGCCGGAAAGACUGUGAACACCAAGCGUGUCAUCCAGUACUUUGCCACAAUCUCAGUUGGUGGAGACAAGAAGAAGGAAGCGCAAGGAGCCGGAAAAAUCCAGGGCUCACUGGAGGACCAGAUUAUUGCUGCCAACCCUCUGCUGGAGGCUUACGGUAAUGCCAAAACUGUGAGGAAUGACAACUCCUCUCGUUUCGGUAAAUUCAUCAGAAUCCAUUUCGGCACAACUGGCAAACUGGCUAGUGCUGACAUUGAGACAUAUCUGCUGGAGAAGUCUAGAGUGACAUUCCAGCUUCCCGAUGAGAGAGGCUACCACAUCUUCUAUCAGAUGAUGACCAACCACAAGCCUGAGCUGAUUGAGGCGGCUCUCAUCACAACCAACCCUUACGACUUCCCCAUGUGCAGCAUGGGUCAGAUCACUGUGGCCAGUAUUGAUGACAAAGUGGAGCUGGAAGCCACUGAUAAUGCUAUUGACAUCCUGGGCUUCACCGCUGAGGAGAAGAUCAGCAUCUACAAGAUGACUGGUGCUGUGCUUCACCACGGUAACAUGAAGUUCAAGCAGAAGCAGCGUGAGGAGCAGGCUGAGCCUGAUGGCACAGAGGAUGCUGACAAGGUUGCCUACCUGUUGGGUCUGAACUCUGCUGACAUGCUGAAGGCUCUGUGCUAUCCCAGAGUGAAGGUCGGAAAUGAGUACGUCACCAAGGGACAGACUGUUCCUCAGGUCAUCCCUGAGGGUCAGUUCAUUGACAACAAGAAGGCUGCAGAGAAGCUGCUUGGAUCAAUUGAUGUUGACCAUGACCAGUACAGGUUCGGACACACCAAGGUGUUCUUCAAGGCCGGUCUGCUGGGUACCCUUGAGGAGAUGAGAGACGAUAAGCUGGCAGCUCUGGUCACCAUGACUCAGGCUCUUUGCCGUGCUUACCUCAUGAGAAAGGAGUUUGUCAAGAUGAUGGAGAGGAGGGAUGCCAUCUUCACCAUCCAGUACAAUGUCCGCUCAUUCAUGAAUGUCAAACACUGGCCAUGGAUGAAGGUGUACUACAAGAUCAAGCCUCUGCUGAAGAGUGCUGAGACUGAGAAGGAGCUGCAGCAGAUGAAGGAGAACUAUGAGAAGAUGACAAGCGACCUGGCUGCUGCCUUGGCCAAGAAGAAGGAACUGGAGGAGAAGAUGGUGUCUCUUCUGCAGGAGAAGAACGAUCUGCAGCUGCAAGUGGCAUCUGAAUCAGAGAAUCUGGUAGAUGCUGAGGAGAGAUGCGAGGGUCUCAUCAAGAGCAAGAUUCAGCUGGAGGCCAAACUCAAAGAGACCACUGAGAGACUGGAGGAUGAAGAGGAAAUCAAUGCUGAGCUCACUGCCAAGAAGAGAAAGCUGGAAGAUGAAUGCUCUGAGCUCAAGAAGGAUAUUGAUGACCUGGAGCUUACCUUGGCCAAAGUGGAGAAGGAGAAACACGCCACUGAGAACAAGGUGAAGAACCUGACUGAGGAGAUGGCCUCUCAGGAUGAGAGCAUUGCCAAGCUGACCAAGGAGAAGAAAGCCCUUCAGGAGGCUCAUCAGCAGACUCUUGAUGACCUGCAGGCUGAGGAAGACAAAGUCAACACUCUGACCAAGGCCAAGACCAAGCUUGAGCAGCAAGUCGAUGAUCUUGAGGGUUCUCUGGAGCAAGAGAAGAAGCUCCGUAUGGACCUUGAGAGAGCCAAGAGAAAGCUGGAGGGUGAUCUGAAACUGGCCCAGGAGUCCAUCAUGGAUCUUGAGAAUGACAAGCAGCAGUCUGAGGAGAAACUUAAGAAGAAGGACUUUGAAAUCAGCCAGCUCCUCAGCAAGAUUGAGGAUGAGCAAUCAAUGGGUGCCCAGCUUCAGAAGAAGAUCAAGGAGCUCCAGGCCCGUAUUGAGGAACUGGAGGAGGAGAUUGAGGCUGAGCGCGCUGCUCGUGCCAAGGUUGAGAAGCAGAGGGCUGACCUGUCCAGGGAACUUGAGGAGAUCAGUGAGAGGCUGGAGGAGGCCGGUGGUGCAACUGCUGCUCAGAUUGAGAUGAACAAGAAGCGUGAGGCUGAGUUCCAGAAGCUCCGUCGUGACCUUGAGGAGUCUACUCUGCAGCAUGAAGCCACCGCUGCUGCUCUUCGCAAGAAGCAGGCCGACAGCGUUGCUGAGCUGGGAGAGCAGAUCGACAACCUGCAGCGCGUCAAGCAGAAGCUUGAGAAGGAGAAGAGUGAAUACAAGAUGGAGAUUGAUGACCUCUCCAGCAACAUGGAGGCUGUUGCUAAAGCAAAGGGAAAUCUUGAAAAGAUGUGCCGCACUCUUGAGGACCAACUUAGCGAACUGAAGACCAAGAAUGACGAACACCUCCGUCAGUUGAAUGACGUGGGUGCACAGAAAGCUCGUCUCCUGACAGAAAACGGUGAGUUCGGCCGUCAAAUUGAGGAGAAGGAGGCUCUUGUCUCCCAGCUGACCAGAGGCAAACAGGCCUUCACACAGCAGAUUGAGGAGCUGAAGAGACAGAUUGAAGAGGAGGUUAAGGCCAAGAACGCUCUUGCCCAUGGACUGCAAUCUGCCCGCCACGACUGCGACCUGCUGAGGGAGCAGUUUGAGGAGGAGCAGGAGGCCAAGGCUGAGCUGCAGCGCGGAAUGUCCAAGGCCAACAGUGAGGUGGCUCAGUGGAGAACUAAGUAUGAAACCGAUGCUAUCCAGCGCACAGAGGAGCUUGAGGAAUCCAAGUGUUUCUUCUUCCAGACUGAGGAGGACAAGAAGAACGUCACCAGGCUGCAGGACCUGGUUGACAAGCUGCAGCUGAAGGUCAAGGCCUACAAGAGGCAGGCUGAGGAAGCGGAGGAGCAGGCCAAUGUUCACCUGUCCAAGUGCAGGAAGAUCCAGCAUGAGCUGGAGGAGGCUGAGGAGCGUGCUGACAUUGCUGAGUCCCAGGUCAACAAGCUCAGAGCUAAGAGCCGUGACUCUGGCAAGGGAAAGGAAUCCGCUGAGUAA